AUGCUAGACCACACGGUGCACCCCACGGUCGUUACAGAAAUCAUCGGCCACUGCUCCGUGCCUGCGCUCGCGGCGUUCCGGGCCACCUCGAGGCACUUUCGCGACGCGAUCGACGGGUUCCUGUUCGAGCACGCCACGAUCCUCUGGCAGCUGAAGGACGGCGAAGACGACGUCCUCGAGCCCGUGCUCUUCACCACGCCGGAAUCCCGUUGGGGAUCGACGCGCCUUCCGUGGGCUCCGCAACGCGUCAAAACUCUCGACUUGGGAUGGGACACGACCACCGACAAGCCUGCCGAACGCGUCCCGCUCAGCACCGAGCCAGGGCGCGUGUUGCCCGAGUCUUCCAGACUGGUGCCCGAGUUCAAGUACGCCAUCGGGCCGCAGAUGGUGGCGGCGGUCCGGCGUAACCACUUCCCGCCUGCUCUAGCCGACAAGUUCACCAAUGUCAGCCUGGUGCGACGAUUCGCACGUGCUUCAUCGGCAGAGGGGACGUCGAUGCCCACCGCCGCCGCCGCCGCCAAGACCACCAUUGUCGACUUUGUCUGCCUAUCUGACUGGUGGGACGCGGCGCAGCAGAACCUGGAGAGCGACCUCGACUACGACUACCUCUUCCAAGCGAGCCUCGCGCUGCCCCGGCAGGUAGACCGGCAUGUUCUCCACAUCGGAUGGCACGAGUACAGAAACCAGUCAGACAUCUUGCACGACCUGGGCAUUGAACACAAAAAGGUCGACGUACGCGAGCUCGUAGUCGUCCUCCGCCCCAGCCAUGACCGCGGGCCAGAGCGCCAAGUCGAAGAACUGGAAGGCCUGACAUUCAUCUCGUACUCUCUGCUCCGUUACAUGAUCGCCGCUGGCAAGGUCACCAUUGUGGGGGCGGACAGCUUGCACCCCGACCAAGUGGUAGACGACGAAUGGGACGGUGUGUUCGGCAAUACGCCGGAGGGGCCGGAAGAGGGGCGGCGUUGGGCCGACCUCGGUGACGGGGCGGUCCGGCGGUUCAACAAGUAUCUCGCCAUCAAGAUCCUGGGGUCCAUGCUCCCCGGGUCAGAUUUGGCACAGCUGAGGGGGAAGCUCACGCAUCUCACCAUGGACGAGUGGCUGGGCGAGCUUGCCCACGAGGGGCGCGCGCUCGAAGGCGAGUGGCCCGGCGGCGAGUGUGCGGCCACCUACGAUGACUACCAAAGGAUGUACGGGUGA